AUGAGCAUUUCAUCAUUCAAAGUUGUAACUAUUGCCGGUGCCACUGGUCUUUUAGGUUUCAAUAUAGCUGAUGCUUUUUUGAAUGAAGGAUCUUAUAAAAUUAAGAUUCUUCGAAAGAAACCUGAAUCAGAAAAUAAAAAUGCCAGUUUGUUAGCUUCCAAAGGUGCUGAAGUUAUUUACGUUGAUUAUAAUGACAAGAAUGAUCUUGUUAAAGCUCUUAAAGGAACUGAUGUUAUUGUCAGUGCUAUAGGCGGUAAUGAUCUUAUGUCCACUCAAUGCGCUCUUUUAAACGCCGCAAAGGAAGUUGGUGUAAAAAGAUUCAUUCCAUCUGAAUUUGAAAAAAGUGGGAUGGAAUUUACUAUUAUCGUUACUGGUUUCUUCUAUGAAUAUCUCGAAUCGUUAGGAUUCGAUCAUAAAAACAAGAAAGCCACGUUCUACGCUGAUGGUAACACGAAGAUAGUCUGCACAUCUUUGCCUGACAUUGGUAAAUAUACUGUUGAAUCUCUUAAGUUACCUGAAGCCCGUAAUGGUACUAUUAGAGUUGCUGGAUCUGUCCUAACAUUGAAUGAAUUGCUUAAAAAGUAUGAGGAAAUUACUGGCACAAAAUGGGAAGUUUCCAGUGAUUUAACUGUGAGACAAAGAUAUAAAAAUAAUACUGCUCCGGUUCCUACAAUUGUAGAUGAUUUAACAGCUUAUAUAUCUGUCAAUUUAGACAUCAAAAAUUUACAUAACGAUAAGUUUAGCUUCACCCCUCGUCCUAUUACUGAAGGCAUCAGUCUUCUUGUAAAAAGUUAA